UUGACUCUUGAGUUUGAAAAUACCGCCAAGUUUCUUGUAAGUUGUAAUUCAUUUCAAACAGGAAUAGGGUCGAUUUAUUUUUCUGCAAUUUUGCAAAGAUUGGUAAAUUUUAAUUUGAUAAUGGACUUGGAGCGAAUAAAAGUCUGGCUGCGAGAUGAACUAAAGUACAACAAGAAUAUUCCAGAUGAUGAAAAGCUUCGUUUUGUUUGUGGGGGUCGUGUCCAAGAGGUGUGGGAGCAUCUUCUCCGAUCCUGCCGGAGUCCAGAAACAGUUCAUUAUAUUAAAGGAAACCUGGAGAUCAACAGAAGGAAAUACAAUCAUCUAGAUAAUUCUAAAAGUGUAUCCUCAAUAAAUUUGUCUGUGCGAGGGGAUGGAGGAGAACGGGAAGAAUUGCUCUUGGAGCGGAGUAGGCUUGUUUCUAAACUGCAUGAAGUUAUCGCGAAAAUUGACAGUGUUAAAUCUGGACUGAAAGCAUUAGAAGAAGAAAGAAGAACUGUACACAAUAAUGAGGAAGAGUACAAAAAAAUAAUAAAACAGAAGCGACAAAGUGCUACAUUGCUUGCUUUGUACAUGAAACAGGUUAGUGGAAAUAUAGCGCAGUUGAACUCUGUAGUGGAAUCAAUGAAGGCUGUGGACGCUCUUUACAAGGAGAAGGAGAAGGCUAUCAAGGGUGAGCAGGUUUACAGUCUAGGAUCUGGAGUGGAGAGUGAGGGAGAAAGGAACCUGAGAUUAAGCUUGGAGAAAACCUUGAACCAUAUGCUAUCAGUCCUAGAGGAGUCUGGAGCACCAGGGUCCCGCCAAGUACUACGCUCUGAUAUAUUAAACUUACUCUCCCGGCUUCCAGCUUGCUCUGUAGAGAAAGCUGUUAUCAAGAAUAUUCAAACCCAGAUAAGCAGUAUAGCAGAGAUGAGAGCAAAAUUGGAUCUGGUUGAAGAAGCAAGAAACCUUCAAAUACAGGCCAGUGCUAGAGCUGAAGGAGGGAUUAUAUCUUCAGUAAGAGGCGAGGUUGAUAAUCUCUAUUCUAAACAUAUAUCCUUAAACCAAGACCUAGAGAAAGCAAAGAAAUCUUUGUUAUUGCAUCAGAAGGAACUCGAAUCUACGCUAAAGUCGAAUAGGGAGAACAUUGGAAAUAUGGCAGACCUAGAAGCAGAGUUGGUUCAUGCUAGAGAUAUAGCAGCUAAGGAAUUUUUUGUGGCAGAGGUUGAGAGGUUGAAGCAGCAGUUGAUUGAAUUGGAAGGAAAGAAGGAGGAUCAGAAAGAGAUGAUCAACUGGGUUCGUGGGGCCGAAUCAAGAAUACAGGGAAUGACCAGCCUGAUAUCCCAGCUCAUGGAUUAUAAUAAGCAAGGUGCUGAUAAGCUUGCAGGAAGACAGACUGCUAAUCUAGAACUCCUAAACAGCUUACAAGGUCUGCAGGAACGUAUUGGAGCUUGUCUCGAUGCAGGACAGGAUCAGCCUGCUCAGAUACUCAAAACUUUUCUUAAAGCCCCAGUUGAGAGGUUCAGCUCAACUCUUGUGGAGAACAGGACGGAAUCCAACUUGAUUCCUACUCCGAACCUAUCCAUAUACAGACUCCGGUCUGGCUAUCCGUAUCCUGGUCCCGGGGAGAACGGAGUAAACAAAGACGGAUUCCUUGUUUCCCAGAACUCCAGACAGGAUUUAUGCUUCCAGGUUUCAAAUCUUCUCUCCCAUGUUCAACAGCUAAAGGAGGAAUACAAGAAUCUGUCGGAAACCAGGAAAACCGGAGAUACUUUGUCCAAUCUUCUCCAACUAGCGGAUACACUGAAACGAUGCAAAUCACAACAGAUAAAUGAUUUCCUGCCCCUGCUGGUUGAAACCGACAAGAUGAGGCGGGAUGGUGUCGAGGCUGGGAACAGGGUGGAGAAUGCCCUGGUUGAGUGGGAAGAGCAGGGUUCAGGUCGGAUAGUUGGGACGGAUACAGAGCUCCAGGUUGAGGGUUUAUCCCUCACACACUGGGAACAGACCCUGAGAGUAGCGCUAGCUCAGAAGAAAUAAAUGAACAAAGAUUUCCAUUUAAACGUGAAACAUUUUAAAUUUGAUGGCCUAAUGAUAAAGAAGAAUUAAGUUAACAUCUAUGUAAUUGUAGAUUUAUCAUACUUUAAGUUGAACACUUUUAUUUAAAAUAUUUAUGUUCCUUGUUAAUUAAAUGAUAUUUUACAGA